UCUGCUCCUCCUCCAGACGUCAUGGCGGUCCUUCAAGGGCUUUCGGGUGCUCAUGCGAUUCUAUUAGCCACCCAUCUCUGUGCCACCGGCGAUGUGGCCGCUCUCCCGCUGUUGCAGGCCCAAUUCCCUGCUCAUCUCCCGCUCGAGCGUGUCUUGCGCAUCAUCUUGACUUUCCUGCCCGAGAGUGCGGAACCCAGCACUUACACCCCGGUGUUGCAAGCGCUGGUCGACGGGGGACAGUUGGAGACGGAUGGUGAUGGCAUUAAUACUGCCUCCGUCAAAGAUCUACCAGAGCCGAUCGUGAGGAAACGUGUACGGAAGAUCCGUUUACUACCAAUACAGCACCCAGAUGACGAGGACAGCCAAGAUCCGGCUGAUCUGCUGACCCAAUUCCUGAUUCACCGGGCCCAUCGCAUCGACUCGGAAACCGCUCUUCAGCCGCUCGUUCUAAACCUUCUCUUGCCGUUCUAUCCUCACUCGGAAGCGUUGCGCACCUGGUUGAUUUCCAGUCUCCUACCGCUACUCCGAUUGAAUUACGAAUACUACCCUAGCCAGGACGAAACAUUCUCGCUAGAUAUCCUGGAGUCCAUGGACAACAGUAUUGCCAUCAACGUCCUCCUUUCGAUGACCGGUGCGACAAAGAGCAGUAUGGACUUGGUACGGAAUCUACGUGGCUUGGUGGGUGCUUGGAUGUAUGGCAGCAACCGUUCUAAAAGACGGAGACUCAACGAAACAGCACAAGAAAACUCGAUUACUCUACCUCAGGAUGAAGCGCAACCGAAAACGACUGCAGGUGUUGGAUGGCAGCAGGUGAAUGAGUGGUUGCUGGCACGGAGUCUGGUGGACCAUGAGAGUGCCGUGAACGCGUUUGUUAACUGGGAUGGCCCUGAGGAUGUCGACCUCGGCGGCUACGCUGAAGAGAAUGAGGGCCUAUCGGCCGAUGAGCUCAGGGAUCUGCGCACUCGGUAUGGGCAAACUGGGCUUGCUGUCGUGUAUGCGAACGCCGACCCUAGCCCCCCUGCGCUGGACGGCUCCAUUCGGGUUCUAGCGCGCAUCGCGGAGUUCCUAAAGCUAGAGGAAUACUUGUUCCUCUCACCAGAUAUCUCGGAACUUCCCAAAGUGCAAUUUGAUCCAGAGCUGGUUUCGUUGGCCUCGAGAGUAUCUUUCUUGCAAAAUGCUCUGCUGGUGGCUUCAAACCCGUUAACGCGUCCUUCUGCUUCAUCGAUAUCUUUCCUCAGCGCCAUUUGCCUUUCCCUCCGGAUUUUAAACGAACUGGACCACCCCAUUCCGUGCAGGACGGCUGCAACCCUCUGCCUUCUUAAUAACGAAGAGACGCAACUACUGGAGUUGCGCAGUGUAGUAGCCUCUGUCGUGAGACAUGCAAAAGCUGGUCGUGACUGGAGCAAGACCCGCCAACAGCUACUUUGGCUGCGAGACUGGCAGGGAAAUUACCAGGAUUCAGCGGAUGCUCACAACUGUCAUGGCCUCUUCUGGAGGGUUCCCCGGAAUACCGUCGAGGCAGAAAUCUUGAAAGCGUUGCUCGAAGUCAGAGAAUACAACCUUGCUGUCGGCAUUUACAUGGGCUCUGGUUCAAGUUUAAGCUCUACGCAGGUUGAGGAGGCUGUCAAGGAGGCCAUUUUCGCAGCCUACGACAAUGCAAGCAAUGGGAACAGGACCCGGGGCGGGAUGAAGAGAGCAUACGACAUCCUCCAAGCUUUCCAACCUCACUUUCCGGAUUCUGCCUCGUUCAAGCAGGUCCAAGCUCUCAUCUCGGCCACGCACGCCCUGUCCUUCUACUCCCUUACCUUGCAGCACGGCGUCCCCUUCCAGCCAGUCAGCAUCCGGGUCCACCCUGACCCUCUGUCUCUGAUCGAAAAGGUUCUCGACCAGAACCCCAAGAGCUACACGAAACUGGACGACCUGCUAGCCAUUGGCCGGAACCUUGUUUCAGCAGGCGUCUCCCGUGUAUCCGACGAGCACGACUCCCCUUUCUUGCCCCCUCCCUCACAGGAAGACGCCACCAUCACCGCCGAGCGUCGGAUAAUGUCUCUGGCCAUCUCUUCCGCCCUUUCCUCGAACGACUUUGGCACUGCCUACUCCUACAUUCUCACUCGUCUCACACCCCCAUCCCUUCUCCCGACAUCCCCUCUGCCCAACUCCACCUCCACCAAGGACGACAUCACCUGGCGAGCCGUCUACAACGCCGGCCGUUACCGCGCCCCAGCCACCACUGUCACCCCCAACAACCAAACCCAAAUCACACACCUCUCCCAACGCAUGGAACUGCUCUCCCUCGCCCUUGUUCUUGCCCCCUCUCCCGAACCCCUCCCUGAAAUUCUAGGUGCCUGGCGCCGCUGCGACGAGGAGCUGGGGGCACUCCGCGCGCGCGAAACAGAGGAAGAAGAUCUCUGGGACGCCAAAGCGGACACCCUUUCCUCCACCACUCUACCGGGAGGCUUCGGCCCCACAGACAGCGAGCAGGAUGCGUUCGAAACACGACAACACCAGGCACGACGAGCACGGGCACAUGCCUCCCAGAAUCGUCUUAACUACGAAGAAGCCCCAAUGGGUCUCUUCGAAGUUGCACGUGGCGCUGCCCUCGCCCUACAAAAGAACGCCUUCCCGCUCCGCUCGGCUCCAACAAAGACUAUUCCCGACGAGCAUUCCGCCCCCUCAUCUCACAUGCGCAGCGACUCGUCCUUAUCAGAGGACCAGAACGGCGAAGGACGCGUCCGCAAGCGAGACGUGGUCAGCAACAUGGUAACCGACGGAUUAGUCAGUGGGCUUGGUUGGGUCCUAGGCGCCCAGCCGGUUAAUCGAUAAUUGCAGCGACUACGCACGAGUUCGUUUCAGGAAACAACUUUUUCAUUGACCGGGUUAGCGGGUUACGAAGUAUGACAUGAGCUACUUAUUUCAUGGAUUGCUUUUCAUUUUUUUUCUUUUCGUUUACCUACUCUUAUACAUAUUCCAUAUCUUGCAUGAAGUGACAGGUUGCAUUGCAUAAUGAAUAUAUACCAUCCUUAAUC